UUGUGGUGCACGAUUUUACAAAAUAUUAUUCUGUGUGAAGUUUAAUAAUAUUUUAUCUCAAAAAGACACUUUAUGCCUCCAGAGUGUGCUAAACCUUUCUGAAUACCAUAUAAGUGUCCUUGGUUUGAUUUGCAAUGACUGGAUCUACCUUCAUUGACCCUGCCUUCGAUUGUCGUGAUACAUUCCAGAAGGUAGGAUGACGUAGUUGUGUGACAAUGAAGGUGGUAUGUGUCAGCAACGGCAAUGGAGGCAGUGGGGAGGGCAAUUCCAAGCCUGACACAAAAGCUCUCAGUGUGACAAAUGCUGAUUAUAUCAAAGCAAGGAAAACUGCACAGGCUGAAAUUCAAAAAGCCUGCAACAGUUACAAUGCCAGUCUGGAGACAGUUCCAUUCCAGAAACUGGACUUUGGUGAGACAGCAGUGCUGGACAUCUUCUACAACGCUGAUGUUGUGGUGGUAGACAUGAGCAUCCCCGUGCAGCAGGCACCACUGUACUACCACAUCGGCAUCAGACAGAGCAUGAGCAUGAAGAACAACAUUGUCAUCUGUUUUGACACUGACCCUGAGGUCACUGUGUCUCUUCGGCUGUCGUGUGGGUCAGGGAUCCUCUUCUUCCCGUACCAGGUUGACAGCUGUGGGGUCUGCUUCAUCAGUGACCCCUCCCAGCCCCGCAUCUCAGGGGGAAGCUGUGUCCACCCUGACGUACCCACCCUCAGUCGGAAGCUGAAGGCUGCCUUCAGUGAUGUGGACCAAGACAACAAAGUACAUGCUAAGGAGAGGUUUCUCAGUGAUCUCAGAAAGGCAAGAGCAAAUUUCAAAGGAGAGGAGUUGGCAAAGGCACUGACUGCCAUGCGCCGGAGACUGGACGACCCACAGCUGAUGUCAGUGGAUGUUGUCCUCAACAUGCUCAUCUCCUACAGGGAGAAACAGGACUACAAUGCAAUGGUAGAACUGGUUGAGGAUCUUGGCCGGAUCCCAAACACCAAGGUGGUCAACACUAUUGCAAUCAAAAACCUGUAUGCCUUCGCACUAAACAGACGGAACAGGAAUGGUGACAGAGACAAGGCGCUCGAUGUCAUGGAGAAGGCCAUGUCUGAGUCUGAGAGCCAGGUCCCAGACAUGAUCUGUUUGUGUGGCCGCAUCUACAAGGACAAGUUUGUAGAGUCUGACUACUCCAACCAGUCUGCUCUAACACAUGCUGUAGAGUGGUAUCGCAAGGGCUUCGAGGUGCAACCUAAUGAGUAUGCUGGCAUCAACCUUGCCACUCUGCUUGUCAUCUCAGGCAAGGACUUCACUUCCUGUCAGGAAUUGCAGAGAAUUGGUAUUAUUCUAAACAACCUGAUUGGCAAGAAGGGGAGCCUGCAGUCCCUCACAGACUACUGGGACGUGGCAACCUUCUUUGAAAUCAGCGUAUUAGCUGAGGAUUAUGGGAAGGCAGUGCAGGCUGCGGAGUGUAUGUUCCGUCUGGAACCCCCUGACUGGUAUCUAAAGUCAACAGUUGGGAAUAUCUCAUUGAUCAAUCGAUUCAGAAGGACAGAGAAACAGGGUGGCAGCGAGGAGGAGAAGCAGAAAUUUAUUUUCUGGAUGGAUUUUUUCGUGGAGGCAACUACAACAAAAGAAAAUCUGACUGGCUCCAGAUAUCCUGUUCUCAUCCUUGAGCCCAACAAGGAGCUCAUCCCAAGCUACAUUCAGGUAGACUCGGAGACUGACGACAAGCGUGUUUUGUUGUGGUUUGUGACCCCCAAUAAGCAUGACCACCGCCUCAGUGAGUGGUCUUUCCCUCUGGAGACCAUCAAGAGAGUAAGCCUGUACAAGCGAGACAGUCGGGCUUUGUUUCUCUAUGUGCAAGAAAAUGCUGAUGAUGACUUUCACAUCUAUUUCUCAUCCGAAGCACAGAAAACCAGGUUCUAUGAUGUGAUGUGUAACUUGGCAGUCAACCCGGAAUGUUGCACAAGAGAUGCAGAUGAGUUUGAGGAGGUUGUUGAUUAUGAGUACGACAAGGAUGAGAAGAGUAACCGUGUAAUGCUUGGUCGUGGGACAUAUGGAUCUGUGUAUGCCGCCCGUGACAAGAAGACGCAGAUCAAAAUAGCUGUAAAGGAAGUACCUGAGAAAUACAAACAAGAAGUGCAGCCUCUCCAUGAAGAGAUACGACUGCACAGCCGACUGGCUCACAAGAACAUUGUCAAGUAUCUGGGUUCAGUCAGUGAAGAUGGCUUCUUCAAGAUCUUCAUGGAGCAGGUUCCAGGAGGGAGCCUGUCACAGUUGCUGCGUUCAAAGUGGGGGCCCUUGAAGGAAAAUGAGACAACCAUUGCCUUCUACACCAAGCAGAUUCUGGAGGGACUACGCUACCUGCAUGACAACAAGAUUGUACACCGAGAUAUCAAGGGCGACAACGUGCUGGUCAACACCUACAGUGGUGUGCUCAAGAUCUCAGAUUUUGGCACAUCUAAGCGUCUGUCUGGAAUUAACCCAUGUGCUGACACUUUUGCAGGAACUAUCCAGUACAUGGCUCCUGAAGUGAUAGACAAGGGUUCCCGUGGUUACGGUCCUCCUGCUGAUAUCUGGUCACUGGGAUGCACAGUCAUAGAGAUGGCCACAGGGAAACCUCCAUUUGUUGAGCUGGGCUCCCCUGAGGCUGCUAUGUUUAAAGUGGGCUUCUAUAAGAUGCAUCCUGACAUCCCAGAGUUGAUGUCCAACAAGGCAAAAGACUUUCUUCUCAGGUGUUUUGAGCCAAUGUCAGAUGACCGAGCUACUGCACUGACCCUGCUGGAGCACCCCUUUAUCCUGGACAAUCUGGGCUCGAAGAGAAAGAAAAGGAAGAAACAACCAUUAUCUCCUGAGCACAAUGUUGUCCGCAGCACAUCUGAGCCGUGUGACAAGCAGGUUGAAGAAAUGAAGGAACUCAAGCUGCGGAUCCCUAGGGUGUCCAAAUUACGGCGAGAGGGCUGCAGCAGUAUGGAGAACCUGACUGACCUGGAAACAGUGGAGGAAGAAGGGCUUCACAGUUCUGCCAGUUACUCAGAUUUUCUUGACAUUCAGUCAUGCAGGAGAUCACUGUCCCCGUCCCCCACACGUAGCCGUUCUCCCAGCACGGACUCCAUCUUGUCCCCCACCAGCACUGUGAUGCUGUGUCACCGGACAUCGACGCGGACCACUGCUCACAGGACAGUUCAGCCUCCAGGGAAGGGGGCUUCUUCUUGCUGA